AUCAAAGCGUCAAAAUAUAGAUCAUUGAAGACAUCGCCAUUGUGGUUGUCAUUGCCAGGUCUGGGCUGGCGUAUGUUCACAGACAAACGAACAAUUUUCACACAGAGAUCGUUUUUUUGUCUAGGGAGCCAGGCACAUGCCUCGUCUUUAAAUGUAGCUUGCAAUAUUUUGCAAGAGAAAGACUCGGAACAUUGCUAAUCUUCCCUCUCACUAGACUAGAGACUACGGGAAAAAGCUACCCACAAUGCAUAGCAAUGCUAGCUACUCUUAGCGGAAUAGCCAGCGAGCAGAAAACAACAACAAGAGCGUGAACGAGGCUCAACAACAGGCUAGCUAGCUUCCAAGGCCAGCUGCAUGGAUAGCGACAAUAACGACGACCAGGAUUCAGCGAACGCGGUGUCCUUUUCAACAUUCUUUGUAAUAUACACUGAUAAUGUGAGUAAUGUAGGCAUUUUAGGUACGCUGUAAUCAUAUCGCUUCGACAAUUUAGUGAACCUGCUUGCAAGCCAUUCCGCUAGCUAUAUCGGCGUCUCUCUAUGUUUGAAUAUCUUCCGGCGGCAGCGGUGGCAGCAGCAGCGGUGCCAUGAACAGUGGACUCCCAGCUUCAGCUGCUCCGCUUGGGGGUAUUGGAAUAACUAACAUCAAGGUGAAGUUUUGCCGAUAUUACGCGAAGGACAAGACUUGCUUUUAUGGGGACGAGUGUCAAUUCUUGCACGAGGAUCCGUCAAUGGCAAGCCUGUCUAUGCACGGCGGAGGCAGCCCUGUCCCCCUAUCCAUGGCAGGGGGAACCGUGACAGGAGCGGGGUAUUCACUCGGUGGAACAGCAGCGGGCGGUGGGGGAACGAAUGUCCCUAAAAAGGGCGAAUCUCUGGGGCCUGCAGGCACGGCUCUAGAGGGACAGUUGUUAACCAUCACUGGGAUGGAGGUCGGGACCCUGAGUGAGGGCAAUCUAACCAACUCCUACUUUAGUAGCAGCUUCAUCGGAGUUAAUGGAUUUGGAAGCCCUGCAGAGUCUAAAUACACCAUGAUGCAGAGAAUUACCAGCAGCAGCAGCUCUCCCAGUCUAAUCAAUGAUGGUGCCAAGAACUACAGCCACAGCACUCAUGAUCCUGUAAAUUCCCCCACGUCUUCCCUCUUCGGGGAUUUUGGUGCCCUAAGCAUAUCUCAAAGGAGAAAGGCCCCUAACCCGACAGCCAGUGAGUUCAUCCCCAAAGGGGUCCCUCGCAUGGCCUCCCUGGCCCAGUCUAGCGCGCCAGCCUUCCCAUCGCCCCUCUUCCCUCACCCCGCUCUCAGCGGCUCCACGGCUGCUGCCCUCUCUCCCGGGAUGUCUCUGUCCGCGGGGUCCUCUCCCCUCCACUCCCCAAAGAUCACGCCCCACACUUCACCUGCCCCGCGCCGACGGAGUCACACCCCAAACCCCAACCCCAACCCAGCCAAUUACAUGGUACCCACCAGCGCCUCUGACCAGCUCACAGCUCACAUGAUCCAGAAGGAGACCGUGGGGGGGACUACCUACUUCUACACUGACAACACCCCCGCGCCCAUGGCUGGGAUGGUGUUUCCUACCUACCAUAUCUACCCCCCUACUGCUCCACAUGUGGCCUACAUGCAGCCCAAAGCCAAUGCCCCGUCUUUCUUCAUGGCAGAUGAACUCCGACAGGAGCUGAUCAACAGACAUCUGAUAACCAUGGCCCAGAUAGACCAGUCAGAAAACCCAGUUGGUCUCCCAGGCGUCCCCUCAGAAGUGGACAGCUACCACAGCCUGUUUCCGCUGGAGCCCGUCCCCCCACCCAAUCGCAUGCAGAAGACCAGCAAUUUCAGCUACAUCACUUCCUGUUACAAGGCGGUCAACAGCAAGGAUGAUCUACCGUACUGCCUGAGGAGAAUACAGGGGUUCCGCUUGGUGAACACCAAGUGCAUGAUACUGGUGGACAUGUGGAAGAAGAUUCAACACUCCAACGCUGUGACUCUGAGGGAGGUGUUCACCACCAAGGCCUUUGGAGACCACUCUUUGGUAUUCUCCUACGACUUCCACGCUGGUGCAGAGACCAUGUUCAGCAGGCACUUCAUCGACCCAGCUGCCGACUCCUACUUCACCAAGAGGAAGUGGGGCCAGCAUGAGCCUCCACCACCAAGGCAGCACGCUGGCCUGCUCCCCGAGUCUCUGAUCUGGGCUUACAUCGUCCAGCUCAGCUCAGCCCUUCGCACCAUCCACACUGCUGGCCUGGCCUGCCGGGUUAUGGACCCUAGCAAGAUCCUCAUCACUGGCAAAACCAGGUUACGGGUAAACUGUGUCGGGGUGUUUGACGUCUUAACAUUUGACAACAGUCAGACCAACCACCUGGCCCUUAUGCCACAGUAUCAGCAAGCAGAUCUCAUCUCCCUGGGCAAGGUGGUGUUGGCCCUGGCGUGUAACUCUCUGGCUGGGAUUCAGAGGGAGAACCUGCAGAAGGCCAUGGAGCUAGUGUCCAUCAACUACUCAUCAGACCUCAAGAACCUCAUCCUGUAUCUGUUGACUGAGCAGUCACGUCUGCGCAGCGUCAAUGACAUCAUGCCCAUGAUUGGAGCCCGCUUCUACACUCAGCUGGACGCCUCGCAGAUGAGGAACGAUGUCAUAGAGGAAGACCUGGCCAAGGAGGUGCAGAAUGGCCGUCUCUUCCGUCUCUUGGCCAAACUGGGAACCAUCAACGAGAGGCCAGAGUUUCAGAAGGACCCUACGUGGUCAGAGACGGGGGAUCGCUACCUGCUCAAGUUGUUCCGAGACCACCUGUUCCACCAGGUGACCGAAGCAGGGAGCCCCUGGAUCGACCUGAGCCACAUCGUCUCCUGCCUCAACAAACUGGACGCUGGCGUGCCUGAGAAGAUCAGCCUGGUGUCUCGUGAUGAGAAGAGUGUACUGGUAGUGACCUACUCUGAUCUGAAGCGCUGCUUUGACAGCACCUUCCAGGAACUGCAGGCUGCUGCCACAGGCCCCCUGUAACGGCCCUCCCUCCCCAGGCCGCAGGGGGGGGCUGCCUGGACCGGAGCACAUUAUUGCACUACUGUGGACGAGCAGGCGCAUGGGGAUGACAUCAUCAUCAGCGUGGCGAGGGCAGAUGGAUGGGACCUGCUGAACCUCAGUCACAUACACUGUCCUGUCCACCAGGAAGGAUUUUCUAAAGUGUAUUUUUUUAGUUUUCCUAACCCUGCAGCUACGAGUAAAAAAAAAAAAAUAAGUUACGGACUUACGACGGAAGCUGUGAUGAGGAUGUUGACAAUUUAUUAUUAUUUUCUUUUUUAAGACUUGGGGAACAAAACAAACAAGAAAACAAACUGUGUUUUUGGACUUUCCUGCUUUUAAUUUCUACAUUUCAAAUUUAUUUUUCUGUGGAGGAUGCACUAAGAUUUCUUUCUCUUUUUCUUUUUUUUUUUUUUGGUGAGUGGCCUACAGGGUGCACCAAUGUUGAGGCAAGGUCUCACACUGUCUCACACACACACACACACACACUGAGGACGGAUACUAACCCAGCUUUCAAAAAAAAGAGAGAAAAACAAAAAAGAGAAGAAAAAAACGAUGUAUUCCUGCUGGAGACGCCUUGAUACCAACGCACUACGAGACGGGACAAACCACUCCUGGAUUAGAGGGGAGAUGAAACCCAUUCCAUCUUGUAGGUUCCCACUCGGAAAGGACAAACCACUGGGUUCUGGGGGGCGUGGGGGGGACUGACUUCUGUCUGAAUAGGACAGGCCGGGGGGGGGGGGGGCUGAGAACAGGGGGACAUUAAAUGGUGUGGUUUCUGUUGGCACUGAGGCAUGUGCUCUCACAAUGCUGUGUACGUGUUUGUUACGGAGGCCGAGUCAUGUGACCUCCUGUGUAGGUGUCCUGGACGCUGAGUCAUGUGACCUCCUGUGUAGGUGUCCUGGACGCUGAGUCAUGUGACCUGGACGCUGUUGUAGACGUUGUGGAUGAUGGAUUCAUGGGGUUGGAUGGAUGGACCUGCUGGGUGUGGCCGUCUGUCCAAAACUAGGAUGAAGCCCGUGGUCCAGGCCGUGUUACAAACGUGCCAGCUCUGACUCUGUGGAAUGGCCUUCAUUUCGUCUACUUGUCUUCCCUCAAAUUUCUCUCUCCUGACUCCUUCCCACCUUUCUUUCUUGCUUUCUUUUUGUAACAUCCCCACCCCUCCCUAAAGUAACGCUUUUUUUUGUGAUGGUUUUCUAGCUGCUUCCGUUCUUUUGCUCAGCUGUUGUGCAGUGAUGCAUGAUGGGAUAUGGAAGUACAGACUUUGCCUCAACACAAUUUUAUUCUGUGGACCAAUUCCAGCAGGGGUGGGUGGGGGUUGGGGUUGGGGAGGGGGGUGGGAGGGAGGGAGGGAAGGAGAAGGGGAGAGUGUUGAUUUGUUUUUAUUUGACUUUUAAGAUCAUGUGACGCAAACGUGCUGGAGACUCAGAGUAGUGACAUCUCCUCUCCCCCCCUGACUCCGUCACCCAUGACGACCGCAGGGUGCUCCAGGGGGGCGGGGGAGGGGCAUGGGGGGGCUGUUGCACUCAUUUUGAUGGUUUGGAUUUCUCUCAGGAUGACGGACAGCUGGAGGGGCCCAAUGACAGAAUGUGUUUGGCCGUCGUUGGCCACCCUUUCUCCAGUCAGAUCGAUGAACUAAGGUGGUGUGGGCGGGACAUUAAGGAACAGCUCACUCGACAUACGUUAUUUUACCAACAACAUGAAUGUUGUUGAUUCCUCCAGACAGUUUUUAGCUCGGUUACUUGGGCACUUCCUUGUAAGCUUAAUGACAAUUCUUUUUACUUUACAUUGUUACACAGCAUAACUAAGUAAUACCAGAGAGAAAACUGUCUUUGGGGGAAACAAGGAUGUCAGGAUAAGGGUAAAAGAGUGAACGAUGCCUUUUAAAGUGUUUUUUUUGGGGGGUGAGGGGGUGGGGUGAACAUUAGGGAUGCUGUGUGGGGUGAGUAUGAGUUGCUCCCAAUCACAGAUGUAGGACCAGGAUACCUUUGUUAUUCCGAUGCUGUACCACCAGGAAGGAAAGGGUCAAACUGACCACCGGUCAGCGUUUAGAGGGCAACUCUCUGACACCUGCUUGGAAGCUGGCUGUGUUAGAAUCAUGAACUAUUUCCUCUUUUGUAGUGAAAUGAUCAGAUAACAAACUUAUUUUGGUCAAUGUGGUGCUUAGACUACCUUACACACACACACAAACACACACACACACACACACACGGUCAAGGCUCAUGCUACCACCCCUCACCCUAUCUCACACACAUGCAUAAUCGCACACACACACUCCAGUUAUAUAAGUGAUUCCUGUGCCAGGCCCACACACACCUUCAAUCACCAUCUUAGUAUGUUUUAUGCCCCUCUUGUGUCCAUUGUCUCAAAUUUUGCAAUAUUUGUGUGUACAGCAGUAUUUUAAUAAAGAAUACCAAACCUGAA